UUGCAGCUGUCUCUGCACAACAUUAUAAUCUUAAAUGUUGCUGCUAACAGACAACCCUUGAAUAAAAGAAAGUCGAAGGGAUAUCUGUUACGUGCGCAAACAUGAGACUGAAUACUCUGCACGAUUUGGUGCAGAAGAAGGCUGCUUCGACAGACAGCGACAGAACAGCAGUCAGUUUUGACACAUGCACAGCAUCAGGAGUGUUGACACUUUCUUAUAAAGAGCUGCUCGCUGCCAGCAAUGAGUUGACAAACCUUCUACGUGGCUUCAGUUUACACAACGAGCAUUUAAUUGGACUCUUCUGCUACCCCGAAGUUAACCUUCCUGUUUGGGUGCUGGGCAUACUUCAGCUACCUUCCCCAUAUCUGCCUCUCAACCCUGAAGCACCCUCAACACACACAGUCAGAAUCAUUCACCAGUGCAAACUUACAAACUGUGUUGUUCAAAAUGAACUUGUUCAGGAAUUUCAAGCACAUGUCUCCAGCCAUUUCGCUUUGGAGAUCUGUUCUCAGUGGCCAGCCCAGAAUCUGACCUUAGUUAGGAUACACAGAAAGCCAUCCCCCGAGCCACAUGACAACCGUGACAUGAAGUCAGAGAGUAAAGCAGCGCAGAGGGCACGGUCCAGCCUCGUCAAGACGUCUACUUCCAUAACCGACGACCCGGAUUCACUGGCCUACGUCCUGUGCACAUCUGGCACAACAGGACAGCCCAAGAUCGUCAGAGUGCCACACUGUUGCAUAGUUCCCAACAUCAUGCAUCUCAGGGACCUUUUUGGGGUGACUGCAGAUGACGUUGUGUUCCUGGCCUCUCCGUUAACCUUUGACCCCUCAGUUGUGGAGAUGUUUCUGGCCCUGUGCUCCGGCGCUCAGCUGCUGAUCGUACCGCCGGCCAUCAAGAGGAUGCCGGGCCGAUUGGCUCGAGUUCUCUUUCACCAACACAAGACAACAAUCUUGCAGGCUACCCCGACUCUUCUGGGACGCUUUGGCAGGCGUGUCUUGCAACAGGAAGUGAUGAGUGCUGACUCCUCCCUGAGGAUUUUAGCUCUUGGGGGUGAGGCUUGUCCCUCACCUGCUGUCCUGAGAAGUUGGAGGCAGGAAGGGAAUCGCACAUGCAUCUUCAACCUCUAUGGCACCACAGAGGUGUCCUGCUGGGCAACCUACCACACAGUUACAGAAGCAGACCUUUUGCAAUCGAGUACAGACUCAGUGCCCCUUGGUGAGCCUCUGAUGGGAACUAGGCUGGAGGUCAGAGAUGGUGAAGGACAAAUGGUUAGUGAAGGAGAAGGACAGAUCUUCAUCGGUGGGCAGGACAGAGUGUGUCUUUUGGAUGAGGAAGAAACGGUGGUUCCUGGUACCAUGCGUCCAACAGGGGACUGGGUUACGGUGCAAGGUGCUCAGCUGUUCUACCUCGGCAGAAAGGAUCAUCUGGUCAAACGCCACGGCCAGCAGCUUCACCUUGACUCUGUUCAACAGGCGGUGGAGAAUUUGACAGAGGUCGAGGCCUGUGCUGUAGCCUUGUGCGAGGGAGACAAGCUAGUUGCUUUCAUCGUGCCAUCUCCUGUUCACGCCGCACCAGGGGCAGCAUCAUCUAAUGCUCACAGCAUUGGCUUUGACAGUGAUGGUGGUGGUGGUGGUGAUGGUGAUGGUAGAGGCAGCUCUUCAGUAGGCCUGAAAAGAGGCAUCCAACGCAGGCUGUCCCACCUCCUGCCCAGCCAUGCCAUCCCAGACUGUCUGGUUCUUCUCCCAAGCUUGCCCCUCACCUCACAUGGUAAAGUUGCACUUGGCGAGCUGAAAGAAGUGUAUAAGAGAUAUAGAGAACGCUUAGGAUCUCACAAGGACAGACUGUCUGCAGACACACUCAAAGAAAGACUGCUUAUUCUCUGGAAGGAGGCCCUUGGGCUGCCUGAAGACGUGUCCGUGGAGGCAGGGGCCAACUUCCUGUUGAGCGGAGGAGACUCUCUCCAGGCGCUGCGCUUCUGUGACAGCAUCUCCGUUGCCACGGGGACUAGCUCUGCGGGGCUACUGGAGGUCGUGCUGGAUGGCUCUUACGCUGACAUUCUAAGACACGUCACAAUGGCACCGUUCCCCAAAGAGCUGGAGUUAGAGGCUCAGGUUGCGUUGAAGAGACGCUAUGAUGAUGAUGAUGAUGCUGCAGCAACAGUAGCGGCGGGGGCCCACUCUCCUGUCCCUCCCAAGAGGCCGAUUGAAGAUCCAUCCAUGACUGGGACAUCAACUAGGCCUGUGGGGGUUGUUGCGGUGGCCGCGGACUCAGGAAUUGGGGGACAUGUAGUCAGGCGAGCUGGGGAGGUGCUCAGGAUUGGUGGUCGCUCACACGCGACUGAGAGUAAAGGUCUAAAUGGGAAUGAGGGUGGCGGACGCAGCCCAAAAAACAGUCAAACAAAGAAAAGUUUGACGCCAAAGCUGAACCCUCAAACAGCAAUUCUCAACACAACUUUAAAAGACAAUGACAACCUUCAAUCGUCUCAUAUAUUCAGACCCUCGAUGAAGACAAAGGACUUAAUUGUUCCCACAGCAGUUGCAGAAACAUCACACCUUGCAACAACUGUAAAAGACAACGACAACCCUCAACCCUCUCACAUCUCGACACCCUUCAUGAAUACAGCGGUGUCCGACUCGCAAGAAGGCACCACCACUACAAGCAUGACCACUGUCCCUCAGUUGUCCUUGAGGGUGCGAUGGAGCUCGGAUACGGGCAGGUGCGUGGACGCCUCUCCCGUGCUGCUGGUGGAGACUGUGCCCUCAGGCAGGAGCAGGGCUACCGUGUUCACGGGUUCCCACUCCCACAGGCUGCAGGCUCUGGAGCUGACCAGCGGAGAGGUGCGCUGGGAGCGCGUGCUCGGGGACAGACUGGAGUCCUCUGCUGCCGUUGCUGUCUCCGCCUGUGGCACCCUGGUGGUGGUGGGUUGCUAUGAUGGACUGGUGUAUUUCCUGCAUGCUGACUCGGGGGAGACGUGGUGGACGUUUGAGACGAGGAAUGCGGUGAAGAGCUCUCCCACUGUAGACCCAGUCAGUGGCCUGGUCAUAGUGGGCUCCCAUGAUGCCCAUGUGUAUGCCCUCAACCCACAGGAAAAGAGUUUGGUGUGGAAACGCCAUUGCGGUGGAGGUGCAGUGUUCUCCUCUCCCUGUCUGCACCCUACUCUCAGGCUCCUCUAUGCAGCCACACUGCAGGGACACCUCCUAUGUCUCCACCCAGAGACUGGCGCCACCGUGUGGACACGGUCGAGAGGCGUUCCAUUCUUUUCCUCCCCUCGCUGCUCCAACGGUGCUGUCUUCAUCGGAUCGGUAGAUGGCAACGUCUGCGCUUUCAGCCACACGGGUGACAUGCUUUGGCAGUGCACCACCGCUGGCCCCGUCUUCUCCUCACCCUGCCUUGUGCCAUCAUCAAUACCUCCGACGUCCAAUCAGACGCUGGUGUGUGGGUCACAUGACGGCUGUGUGUACAGCCUGAGUUGCGCGGAUGGCUCGGUGCGCUGGAAGUUCCAGACGGGAGGGAAGGUCUACUCCAGCCCCUUCGCCUUCCGCCCACUGCACCCAGGUGGACACCACUACCAGACGCUGGUGGCCGUCGCCUCCACAGACGGGACAGUCUGGGUCCUCAACGCGGAGGACGGGUCCGUGUGCGCCUCUCUAAGCCUCCCGGGAGAGCUCUUCUCCUCCCCUGUCGUGUGGGGACAGACACUGGUGAUAGGGUGUCGCAAUGACUAUGUGUACUGCUUGGAGCUUGCUGAGUUUGGACAGGGGACUGUAAUGGACUGUUCAGCACAGACAUGAUGACUGGGUUUUCUUUGGAACCACUGACACUGUGUGCGUUGACAUUACUUCAUAUUUUGAAGUUUGAAGCAAAUUGAAUGUACAAUUUGAUGUACGAUAUAUAAACAAUGUGUAUGAUAUGUUGAUGAUAUUUUUCAGUAAUUGAUUUUUUUUAAUGCAACAGUAACAUUGUAAUAAACAGUAACAUUGUAAUAAACAUUGUAAUAAAAUUUGGUCAUUUUAACCCUUUGAUGUCUAAAGCACCUGCAAAAAACGCCUGCUGAAUGCCUAAGCUGUUGUUGGGAGAGUUGCCAAAACCUAAAUAUCUCAGUCUCUGAUGCACAUAAAAACAUGAAACAUGAUUGCAUUUAAACCCUAAAACCCUCAUCUCGCAUUAGAAUGUGUUCAUUCCACUGUAACAUACCAACAUUUUUAUUAAAAAGCUAAAAUCUCAAGAGCCUGAAUGCAGCGUAUAUGUCGC